GAAAGUCAAGUUAAAAACUUAUUAGAGUCUAAUUAUUAUUUUGAGCAAGCUGGCUUAGGCUUGCAUUCAGCUGAUACUCUUAAAAUCUUUCUGUCAAUGAAGCAACUUGCGAAGGAAAAAGAUCUCCAAAAUGUCAGAUUCUGGGGCAAAAUUUAUGGGUUGGAACAAAAUUAUUUUGUAGUAGAAGCGGAUUAUGUUGAAGGAAAUGAUGAGGAAGAGGAAGAAGAAGUAGAGGAAGAACUGGAAGUUGGUUCUUUUUUGUUAGAUAAUUUUCUAUCAUUUAUCAAAGAACUCGAAGAAGAAGAAGAAGAUAUGGAUGGAAACUUUUUACCUUUGCCGAAGAUAAACUACAAGCCUCCUCCCAAUCCUCCCAAGGAAGAGCCCGGAACAGGAAUGAAUAAAAAAGUUUACUACGUUUGUAAUGAUCCCGGUAAGUUGUGGACCAAACUUCCUAUGGUCUCUCCUAAGCAAAUUUUCAUAUCCAGAAAAAUUAAAAAGUUGUUUUCUGGUCGCUUAGAUGCUCCAAUUGUUUCUUUCCCGACAUUUCCUGGUUUGGAAAUAAAUUACUUGAGAGCGCAGAUAGCCAGGAUAUCAGCUGCCACGCACGUUUCUCCCACUGGUUAUUUCGUGACUGAAGAUGAAGAGGAGGAAGAAGCUGAUGGAGAAUUAUUAACGAAUGCAGAGUAUGAAGCACUCUCCAUCAAGGAGCAAUUUGCCGCUGGCAUUCAAGGCUGGGUUCAUCACGUUCCCUACAUCCUACCUCAG